AUGAAGAAAAUUAGACAAUACACGGAAGAAUAUUUGAAAUAUUCAAUUGGAUAUACAUAGAUAGCCCUAUCAUAGGAUUAUUAAACAUUUUGGAUAAUAAUUGAGAUAAUUGCAUAAAUACAAAGAAUAGCGAUGGUUUUUUUGUUCGAAGAGGUGUUACAUAUUCUUUAAGAUAGAAGAAAUAUAGAAAUAAAUUAUGUUUCAGAUCAAUGGGUAUGCAAAUUUAUGUCUAAGACCUUUGUGCCUACUAUUUUGAUGGCAGAUAUGUUUUCGAAUAAUUCAAUAAUUGCAAUUUAAAUAAUUUUGCUUAUUCUUUUAUGUUCGCCUUUAAUAGCAAUUGCAAUAUUCAUUGAGUAUGAGAAAUCAAAGUUUGCCACCAUCUAAUUCAAAUCCCAAGUAGGAGGACCGGAUAAUUCGAAUCUUUCAAUUAAUCUUUUAAACAGAUCUUAUAAUAUGUCGAAUUUUAUUGAAAACUUUUUGUAUUAAUAGUUGAUGGGAAAUGAUUAACGAUCAUGGUUAAAUGUGGUUCGGAACUUUUUAGCUAAAUUGUUGAAUACAUACCCUCACAUAUUCACUAUACCUUUAAUGUAUUGGAAUCUCUUAGUGGUGUUGUUGGUGAUUUUUGAUGUUGAAAUAUCAACUAAUUAGAAAUUAUUCAUGGUUGUUUUAGAUACUCUUACAACCAUUGAAAUGAUAGUCUUGUGGACAUUUUCAAUGAUUGCUCAAAGGAGUUAUACGAUGUUUGAUAAUAAUCAUCUAAGAAUAUAAUAGUCGACCUGGUUCAAUAUAUCCUAAGUAGUGAAGUUCAUGCCUAUUAUAGUUUAAUUCAUUUACUUUCUCUAUUCAGAGUCCUAAUAUGAUUAGAAUAUAUAGAUCUUAAUAACAUCAAUUAUCUAAAUUAAUUUGAUAGGAGAUUUAUUGGAUUUUUUUAUUUCCAUUCCCUAUAUGUUAGAAUAUAAGCAAAAUAUAUCCUUUUUAUGCUUGAGUGCUUCCUUGACAAUAUCCCUUUCUCAUUAAUUUUAGUUGACAUAAAUGUAACUCUUUUCUAUGUGUCUUAUUUGUAUUCCAAUUUUAACAAAGAUGAUUAAAGUCAUAUUCAAUUAUGUCAUUCAAUAAAUAUUUGAUUAACAGUUGUAUAUGGAAAAGAAAAAAACUAAACAGCAAAAACGUUCAAGUUCAAGAAGAUCCUAAUUUGUGGAAGAUGACUUGCAACCAUUUGUGAUAGAAAAGGAGAUGUAGGAAAUCAAAAAAUAAUAAAUAGAAGCUUUAAAAAAUCAGCAUUUUCGAUACUUUGUUCAUUAUUUAAGAUACAUAUCCUUUUUUAGAUUGUCAGAUCAAUAAUCAUUGGAUAAAUAUUCUAAAAUUGAUAACAUAAAAAAAUCAAAUUUCUUGAUUAAGAUUAUUGUUCUUAUUAAAUCUCAUGUUCAAAAUUGUACCAGUGUGUAUUGCUAUUGUAAGGGAUUUAGAGGAGAAAGGAGAUAAGUGAUGGAUAGUCGAAAGAAUAAGGUUGAAAUGAAAAUUUAUAACUCUAUCUAAGUUAACAAUAUUUAUCUUCAAAUAGAAUUGGUAGAAAGAUACAUUAGACAUUUCACUAAAUAUGUUUUCGAAAUAGAAAAUAAUGAAAAGAAUCCAAAUAUCUUUAGAUUAUCACAAUUACUAUUAUAUAUAUGUGACUCUGAAGAAUGUUAUUAAGUUAUGACAUUUAUAAUGGACUAUAAAUAAAGAAACAUCAAAAACACUUCAAUGUUGAAUGAAGUCACUCUUACACUUAUUAUUUGUUUGGUCAAACAUAAAGUUUUAUAAAAGAUGAAACAUAAUUUAACUUAAGACGAAGUAGAAAUUGGAAUAAGAUAUAAAAACUAUAGAAUCACUGAAAUCAGAAGAGAUCAAAUUUUAAAUCGUAUCUUCAAUAACAUAGAUUAAAAAAUCAAAUUUAUUAAAAGUCUACUUGAAUAGAAAAUGAACUUUCAAUAAUUGUUUUAAUCACUGGUUCUACAUGUUCGAAAUAUGACAAAAACACAAAAGGAAAUAGAAGUUUUUUAAAAAUAUUCUAAUUGUAGGACAUCUAUUUUAUUACAUAUGUUUUAUACACUUGAAGUUACAUGUGAUUUUGAUAAAUUUGUUAGAUUGAGAAAUUCCUUAAAAACCAAGAAUUACAAAUUUUUUGAAUAUCCAUCAAUAAGUGCAAAUACAUCUUCAGUCUAGGGAUUCCAAGUACUCUAUCUAAAGACCAAUUUGGCCAGACAUUCAAUAAAUGGAAAAUUUUUUAGAGGCUAAAUUAUGGAUUUUUCAAAUAAUGCACCUUCUCUUUUGGGAUACGAACCAAAAGAAUUUAAACAAACUAUUCAAACAGUACAUCAAAUAGUUACUCCAAAUUUGGCUACAUAUCAUGAUUAAUUACUAGAAAUUUUCUUUCUUACAAAUAAGCCUCCAAUUAUUCGCAAAAGAAGGCCACUCAUUAUGUAAAAGAAAUUUAGAGAAUUAGUGUUUUGUGAGAUGUACCUUGAUCUUUCAUUUAACAUAUGUGAAGAUGCCUUUCCUAUUUAUUGCUUUCUUAAAUAGAUUGUGCCCUAUGGAAAGUAUGAAAAUAUCAAAGGGCAUAUUGUGAUUUCUGAUACAUUUAAAAUCUAAGGAAUAUCAAAUUUAGCUUUAGAACAAUUAAAAAUUAAAAUUAAUGACUAUUAUAAUAAAGGCAUCGAGGAAAUUAUUCCCAAUUUUUCACAUUAUGUUGAAUAAUUGUAACAUUAAUAUUAAAAGUACCAAGAUGAGGAAAUUAUUAGAGAGGAGAAUGGUUCAAUCAGCAAUAAAUUUGAUUAUCAAUAAUAAGAGCGAUUGCUCAUUCAUUUUACAAUUGAAGUUGAAUAACUGACAUUUAUCAUCCCUAAAUUUGAUUCUCAAUCAGAGAUAUAUUAUGCAAACUGUUCAAUUAUAAUGUCAAUAGGUUUUAUACAUACCAAAGUUUAUCAGGCUUAUUUAAUAUCGAUGAAGAAGAUUACUAUGGCAGAAAAUUAAUCGAAUUCUUAAAUGUUUGAUGUUUUUAAAAAGGGAUCAUCUUAAGCCUCUCUAAAUCCUCUAAGAUUAGAUUCCAUAUAAGGAUUAAUAGAUUUAAAAAGUGAUAGUGGAGACAUUUCAGAUUUAGUAUAGAUAGAGUACACAUAAAAUGAAAUGAAUAAUAUAUAAGAUUAUUAGUUGCCUUAAAUAUAUUCGAAUUUUUAAACUCCUUUAGAUUCCAGUAGAUUAAUACUUACUUCCUAAAGAGGCCACAAUGAGUAAUUAUAAAUUAAUGUGAUUGAAUCUCACAAUAGUCAAAUAAUUGAAAAUGAUAUUAAAAGUUUAUAAAAAGGUUAGACUAAUUAGAAAACUAAUACAAAUACAAAUAACAAAAAACCAUAAUAAUAAUAAAAAGAUUAACAAGAAUUUUUUGAGGUUAACGUUGGACGCUAAAAGAUGUCUGAAAUUGAAAUUUUGGAUGAAGUUUCUGGUAAUGGAGUCUAAAAAGUUCAUUAAACUGACACCCAUUUUUAAUAGCAUGGCAAUAAAGACAAUUCAGCUAUUAUAUAAAAAUCAUAAUUAUAUAAUAAAUUCUCAAAAAAAGGCAAUAUUCCUAAAUUGGUCAAGGUUGUAUUGGCUGUGGAUGUUUGUAAUUUAUUCAUAAUUUUGCUAUUGUCUCAAUUGUUUUAUUUACUUUAUAAAUCAAAUAUGGCUGAAAAUAAAGAGAUCUUAGAAGUGUUUGGACCUUUUACAACGGCAGAUUUAAUUCGAAAUACUUUGUUGGGUCUUGGACAUUUUUAAAACUCAAAAAACUCUACCCUUUAAAAUGAAACUACUUAAUUAAUCACAGACAACAUAAACCUCAGAUUUGCAUUAUUUUAAUAAGUCUCUUAAAAAAAGGUGGUUACUUCUACAAUAUCUGAAGCACAAAUGAAGUUAUAUGACUAUUUUUAAAAAGAAUCACAAGAUGUGAGUGCAUGGACUGAAAUGUUUUAGAUUUGGUACCAGAUGAGUAAUUUUAAAGAUUUUAAUCCAUAAGAUUAACUAUAUAUGCAAAAAUUUCACAAGACUAUUCAUAUUUUACUUAAUUCAUUCUUUGAUUACAUAGACUAAUACAAAAUAAUAACAGAAAAAUUUAGUUUAAAGAUAUAGAAUAAUCUAAAUGAUAUUGUUUCAUAUUAUUAGAGUGUAAUUUCUUCUGUUGCUCUGGCAGUAGAAGUUGUUGUGAUUGUCUGUUACUCAAUUGCUUAUAUGCACUUUUUCCGUCUUAAAAGGAGAAUUCUCAGAAGUUCUGAAUAAAUACAAAUUCAAUCUUUAGAGGCAGAGAAAAUUAGGUUAUCAAAUAUACUAUAUAUUUACAAAAAUGCAAGUGAAUUAAAUCUAUACAAAUAUCAAUUCAAUUUUAGAAGUAAAUUAAACCAAGAAAAUUAGAAUUUAUCACAGUUUCAAAGUUUGAAAUUUACAAAUUAUACAAAAACAGACUCUAAAAAAUAAUUUAAAAUACAAGAGUAAUAAUAUUCUUGUCUUUAACAUCCUUUUGUAUUUUAUCCAUUGAUUGGAAUAUUUUUAUGUUGUUUUUACUUAGAGUAUACACUUAUCACCAAUUAGACCUACAUUGAAAGGCUAUCAUAAAGACUAAAUUAGUUCUCAGUCUACAUUAAUUACUGCCAAGAAGUAACUCAAAUCUGUUAUUGCGAUUAUGUAGUCUAAAUUCAAGACAAAUUGAAGGAAAUUAAUAUAACUGAUGAACUCAUACAUACUUACAAAGAUCAAGUUCAAGAGGCUUAUGGAGAAUUCUUACAUUAUGAUGAAUAAUUUAAAUAUGGAUAUUCCGAUUAAACAUUAGAUGUUUUAAAUGAUCUGAUAUAAAAUACUUGUUCAGUGAUCGUUAAUCCAUUAUGUAUAACUAUUUUGAAUGGGAAAUUGACUGAAGGACUAAUGUAUUCCAUUUAAUAUUACUCAGAUAUGGUAAGAGAUGAUCUUAAUUCAUAAUUUAAAUUAAGUAAAAGAUUCACAAGAGAUGAUUUAAUAGGAAUAAAUUUUAUUUCAUAGAGUUUGGAGAAUUUAUUCAUAGAAAUGAGAAACACAUUAGAAAACGAAAUCCAAUCAUAAUUAAAUGAUAAAUUCAGCUAUUUCAUGCUUUUCGAGAUAGUAACUGUCUUUAUUUACUUUUUUUAAAUAAUAUUCAUAUUUAGAUUGCUAAGUUAAAAGUUUUUUGUUUGUAGAUAAUUACCAUACCUAUUGCCUCCUUAAUCAAUUUAUGGAGAAGAUAGUUUUCUAAAAUCUUUAUAAUAUAUUGAAAAAAUAUAUAAUAAUAUUUUGCAAUGA